AUUCUGCAUUCUGCAUUCUAUUCUAUUCCAUUCUAUUCCAUUCCAUUCCAUUCCAUUCCAUUCCAUUCCAUUCUAUUCUAUUCUAUUCUAUUCUAUUCUAUUCUAUUCUAUUCUAUUCUACUAUUGCAGGCAAACAGGAUUUGCUUCCAGCCCAUUGUGCACUGGGCAAAACCUAAUCGUGCAAGCCAAACUUCCUUGAGGGAGAUUUUUUUUUUUCGACCUUUCUGAGCCCAGCAAAUAAGUUUUAUUGGUCCAUGACGUUUAUUUUAACCCUUUUAAUUGGCUAAAAGCUUCUGGGUUGGUCCCGGAAAGGCAGUUUCAGGAUACUGAAGAUCCUGUAGUGGAGAAACGAGUUUUAAAACUAAAAAAAAGAAAGAACUUCCUUGUUGGGUGACAAAACGGGACAUUGUUCUCCUUGGCCACCCGCUUUGCAAAAACAAAGAGGACAAAGAUCAGGGACGAAGGGUUAAUUUUAUUUUAUUUUAUUUCAUUUUGUUUUAUUUGCAAGGGUUGAGAAUCGUAACCAAAAAGGCAUGUGAUUUAGGGGUUCCUUUAGAAGACAAAAAACCCCAUCCCUGGCAAAUAUUUGUAGAGUUGAAGAGUUUGCAGCUUGGUGGAUUUAUGCCCGUUGUCCUUUGCAUUCCUGUGACUGCAUAUAAAUUGAUUUUUGUUUUGUUUGUUUGUUAAUUCUUGGCUGCCCAGCAUCCUGCAAAAAGGAGCAACUUUGGGAUCCUGAAUAGGACGUUUGAUCCAGCUUGUUGCAUCGAUUAUCCGACAUUAUUCCAGAUGUUGGCAUCAUGUUCAGCUGGCAGGGCUGGAUGCCGGAGGCGAUGCAAAGAUUAACCUAAAAGAAUUUGGAAGUGCACAAACUCUUUUUACGGUGUUUCUGCCAUGGAUUUUGACAGCACCAAUCUUUUCAAAAUUAUUUUCGAGGGUCCACAGGAUCCAGACCUCGGAAACAGCCACGCUGUAGAAAACUCCAGAGUCAGCCUCCUGCUUCAAGACCAUCCCUACGGCUGUUUUCCAAAUAAAUCCAGGAACUGUCCAGCUGGCCAGCUCCAGCGUCUUCCUGACGACGAUCCGGAAGACCUUUUGCAUCUUCGGAUCAACCCGAACGAGGUCUUCUUUCCCAGGAGCUCCGCGGCGUCUCCCAAGAGCGACGGCGGCAUUUUCCAGGAGCCUCUUCCUCCCGACCGAUCGCCCGCCAUCCUUCUGGAGGUACUCUGUGACACGGGAACCUUGGAGGACCCCAACCCUCUCGAGAGCUGGAGCCCCCCCGAGACCCACCCACCCAUCUGCCUUGCUAGCCAAGCAUCACUCGGUUGUUUGGAUGGGGUGAGCCGUUUCAACACAGCCGAGGUUCCCACGGAGCAGCAGCUCCCGCAUCCUGGCCUGUUCUUGACGGAGGAGGAGAGACGUCUGCUAAGCCAGGAGGGCGUCUUACUGCACGAUGUCGCCCACCUUUCGCAGGUGGAAGAGCGGAUCCUCAAGAAAAUAAGGAGGAAAAUUCGCAACAAGCAGUCUGCCCAGGACAGCCGUCGACGCAAGAAGGAAUAUCUGGAUGAUCUGGAGAGCCGGGUGGAUGCCUGCUCGGCGCAGAACCAGCAUCUCAAGAAGAAGGUCCAGCAGCUGGAGAAGCACAAAGAGUCACUUCUGGACCAGUUACGGAAGCUGCAGGGACUCCUGAGAGAGACAUCCAGUAAGACUGCCCAGACCAGCACCUGUCUUGUGAUCCUCCUCGUCUCCUUCGGCCUUUUCAUCUGGCCCACUUGUGCCUCGUUUUAUGGCACGUCAGAGGUCAGCAGAGAGGACCUCGAGCUGUCAGGAGUCCUUUCCCGAAAUAUCUUGACCCAAAGGGGGUCCUCUGAGCCAGGGACACCGUCCGCCCUGCAUCCUCCAGAACAGCCCCACGUGCGAGCAGAAUUGCCUCCGGAGCUUCACACCACCAGCGUCAGCAAGGAUGAGAAAAGUCUCCCCGAGGUGGGAGAGACAACCCAGGGGGCAGCCACCGAGCCCUGGAAGGACCCCCAGACCCAACCGAAGGGUUAUCGGCAAGGAAAAGUCACCAGGCCUGACCUUGAUGAGAUAUGAGACCUCCUGGCAAACAUUAACUGCAAAGUUUUGGAGCUGGGAAGCUGAAUUCUGAAACGAUCAGGAAAGAGUACCCCAGAGCAUGCGCAAAGGGCCUUUUUUCCCCCUCCUUGUCAACAAGCAGCAACCCAUCUGAGGGACGGACCCUUGCCGGCUGUCUCAAACCCAAAAAUGAUUCCUUUCCAAGCCAGAUUCUCGGAUUUUUCUUUAACAAGAUUUGUUGACGUCACUACAAUUCCCAUCCUGCAAAUAUUUAUCCGUUCUUGAAACCGUCUCAGAUUUUGGGCUCCGGGUUCCAGGGGUACAGUUCAGGGGUUAAAACAUGCCGGACAAUAAUUCCCAGCAAUGUCAGGGGGAAGGAUGCUGGGAUGUGUCGUCCGCGGGAGGAUUACGAAUUCAAAUCUCCUGCCGGGAGAUUUCACGUCAAGAAACUUUCAUCCCCCAAAUUCAUAUUUUAAAGCCAUUGCCUUUGGGACUGCGAGCGCAAAAAAUCCCCCCAAAAAACCAGGGUGGGUUUGUUGAACCAGAAGAAUUUGAGACAAAGGGCUGAAAUUUCUGCCCGCUUCCUUCACCGUCGGCAUCCUUCUUCAAAUUCAUCUUUUUUAGCACACUUGGAAUUAUAGGUGAUCCUCCACUUAACGGAAAAACGGUCAUAUAUCUCACUGAAUGCACAUGGCUAGGGAGAUACCAACAUGGCAAGGAAUUAGAGCAAAGCCAAAGUGUGUGUGUGUGGGGGGGGGAAUUUAAAAUUAAAAUUAAGUUUUUUUUAUGGAAGAUGGGACACUGCCACGGCAGCUCACAUUUCAAAAUUGCUUGCAUUAAUCUCAUUUAAAAAACAACAACAACCCAGACCUUGAAGAUGGCAGACAUCUAUAUCUCAAGCCUGGCCAUCCAAGAAAGAUUAAAACUGAAACUUUACAAGGAGGGCUGGCCGGGUUUUGAAUCCAAGGUCUGGCAUUCCUUAGGCUGUAAAUUCCUCUUCGGCCCCAAAGCUUUUAGAAAAAUUAAUUCCAGGAAGAGGGAGCCGGUUUGCAGGCAGAACAGCCGCCGUUCCCCAGGCCUCUUUGCGCCUUCGCGUCUAGAAUUAUAAAUACGGUGUAUUUUUCCUGCUCUGAGUUAGACAGCUGGGUUGUGUUUUUUUUAAUUCGGUUGUUGGGUUUGCCGAGCAAGUUAAAAAGAUGUUCAACAGGUGCAGCGCCUGCCAAGGGUGAAAAAAACCAUCCCCAUCAGUCAGGUGCAUUUCAGGAAGUGCAGAGGAACAAGGAUGCAAAUCGUAAAUCAAGCCAGCUUCCAACGCCAACUUGCUUUCUCCAAUAAGCUAAACCAGGGGUCUUCAAACUUGGCCCUGGGAUGACUUGUGGACUUCAACUCCCAGAAUUCCUCUGCCUGGCUGAAUCCCACCCACCCACCCGCCGGUUGUCACAAAGAAUCUCAAAUCUUUAUCUGACUUGCAGACUAGCAUUACCGUGAAUGCAUCCCAGCAGUUGGUGGCUAGAUCGAGCCUCCCUGUCCAGGAGCAGUCUACCUGCUCCAAACACCCGCUGCCCUCCUUUCCCUCCGCUCGGCGUUAUAUCCAUUCGUCAAGCUCUUCUUAAAAGACGCCUCUCCUGCCCGCUCAGGGAAUUGUCAUUUCCCCCCCCCCCUAAACCCACCCCCCAGGAUGCCAUUUCUUCGGUGAGAGAUGAAAGGGAAAAAGCGGAGAACUAGAAAAAGAGGAAAAAAGAAAAAAAAAACACCCCACGAGGCGAGAAUGCACGCCAGGCUCCAUUGCGGCCAAUUAGUGCCGCAGCUUUUGAUUAAUGCUAAUAAUAUCCCCCCCAAAAAUAGUUUGGAUAUUAGAUCUGCCCAUCAAGACCAAAGCUUUUAUUGGAUGAGCUGUCAACUCCCGGCCUGACUGGAUGCCGCUCGCUGGGCCCCGUCCAGAGAGACGGAUGAAUCAAAGUCAACUGUUUUAAUUUCCCAGCAAAUGCAUUCAAACCCUCCGGAGAACGUCUUGAUUGGCAGCCCCUGCCUGGAGCAACAACCCCCCCCCUUGCAAGCCAGCCUUAAAAUCCAGGCGCAGCUGGCCAAGUAUCCUUGGCUGAUCCUUGGCUCCUUCCCGCCCCCGCCAGGAGCCGAUUCCCCAGGAAACCAGGUUUAGGGGUGCUCCAUCUUCCGCCCUUGAAGACAGCCCCCCCUCUCCCUCCGUCCCCGGGGAGGAUAGCGUGGGCUGGCGGAGAAACGGGUGCAGUUCCACUUCCUGGCGUGAAGCUGGCGAAGGUGCUUGGGCUUUCAGCACUGUGGACAGCUCCCGGCAGGGUUGAGACGUUGCUCUUCGGUGGGAUCUUUGCCCAGGAAGAUGCUAACCAUGGUUGGGGUCCGUUUGGGCAUCGUGGCUCUUCUCUGCCUUUUCGUCCUGGUCCAGGGCCAAGCGACGUCGGAAUUGCCACUCAAACACACGUACCCGGCGCACGAGAAGGAGCUGCUGGAUGAACUGCAGGAAGUGCUGGAAAAACUGCAGCAUAAGAAGGUCUCGGCUUGGGAAAAGAAAUUCAACCAAGUACCCAAG